AUGGCUGAAUCCAAGUCGCAACAAUCCCCACGCGUUUGGUUUAUCACUGGUUGCAGCUCAGGCUUCGGCAAAAUUUUCGUUUCCGCUAUAUUAGCAUGGGGUGAUCGCGUAAUUGCCACAGCACGGGAUAUCAGUACUUUGUCAGAUUUCGCUCACUGUGACAAUGUCAAACUGUUGGAGCUAGAUAUCACGGAUUCUCAAGGUUCUUUGAAUGAGACUGUCUCCAAGGCCAUCGUGAUGUUUGGUCAUAUCGACGUCCUUGUCAAUAAUGCAGGAUACGUUCUUUCCGGCGUGUUGGAAGAAUUAAGCCAAUCCCAAAUACUUGAUCAAUUCAACACCAAUGUUUUUGGUCCUCUCAAUCUGACACGCGCCGUAUUACCACACAUGCGAUCGCGUCAAUCGGGAACCAUCAUAUUCAUGAGUAGCAUAGCUGCAUGGAAAGGCGUUGCCGUUGGUGGACCAUACAGUGCUUCGAAAUUUGCACUUGAAGGAUUUGUUGAGAGUCUACAGAAAGAGGUGGCGACUUUCGGAGUAAAUUUGCACCUGGCGGUACUCGGUCAAUUUAGGACUGAUAUCCUUUGCGCCCAUCGAAGACAGUCAGGACGAGGUGUCAAUUCAAUCCGUGACUAUGAUACCGCUAUCGAUGCUUUCCAAAGCAGAUUGGAGCAAACCAAUGGCAAACAGCCUGGAGACCCGACACAGGCGGUAGAGCGAAUCAUGGACCUCGUGUAUCGCAGAGGACAUUUCGCCGGGCAAGAAGAACUCCCUUUACGUAUUGUGCUCGGAUCGGAUGCUGUGGGGAUUGUUCGUGAUGAAUGCCAGCGAAUGCUAGAUGAUCUAAAGAAGCAAGAGCAAUUUGGGAGAAGUACGGACUAUCUAGAUACAGCUGAAGUUGAAAAAUAUGAAUAG